UUAAAGGUAGCUCAGAUCUACCCUAUAAACCCCAUAAAAUCAUGACUGAGAAAAACAAGUUCUCAAAGCGCCUAACCAAAGAAUUGUCCAUGGCUAACUUCUCACAUGAAGAAUAUUAUUACCAUGGAGAAGCAUCUGUUUCAGUUCCAUUCAUGUGGGAAUCUGAACCAGGAACUCCGAAGGUUGGGCACUUCAGAGAAACCACUCUUCCUCCUCUAACUCCUCCACCUUCCUAUUGCUAUAGCACUUCAUCAAAAAGCACCAAUAUUAGAAAGCCCUCCAAGUCAUAUACCCUCUUACAAGCUAUUUUCCCCAAGCGACAUGCUUCAAGUAAAAAUAGUACUACUCCUCUCCCUUCAUCGCCGGCCUUGUCAUCAUCAUCAUCUUCAGCUUCAUCUUCGUCUUCCACUAGGUCAACAUCAUAUUCCGUGCCAUCUUCUCCAAUAACACCAUGGAAAUUCCGAGGUCGGGGUAAAAUGGCCAGCCGGAGGUUAUCGGUUGAUUCGAGAAUGGUUAAUGAUGAUCAAUAUGAAGAACACCGUUCAAGCUUGUGCUUGUUUGGUCGUGGGACGAAUAAUAAAAACAAUAAUAGGUCGAGAGCUGCCGCUCUUCAUCCUUGAUUAUGAGGUAUUGAAAUUUUUUCAGUAAAUUAUGAUUGAAGUCGUUUUGUGCGGAUCUACUAAAAAGCUAUAGCUCUUGGUGGUCAUGAUCAAGUUAAUUAGUUGUAACAUUUUUUGUUUGAAUUGGUAACGAAACCAAUGAUCAUUCAAAAAGCUAUUAAUAAUUAACUUAUACCACUUUGAUAUUUUGGACAAGUCA